UCCCCAUUUCCUCUUCAUAUUACCUCCUCCCUCCUUCCUGACGAACCCUUUCUCUCCAUCUCAUCAUCACUAUCAGUUCCUCCUUUCCUUUUCUCACCACAAAACCUUCAAACCUAAACACUGUAAACGACAGCUCUCAAAUUUAUCGAUGGUAAAAAACAACUCCGUACCUGUCUCUGCAAUCUUCGAAGCUCUUCAGGUCUCUAAUUCAUCACCAAUGGUAUACGUAGAGGUUCAUUUGGUUUAUAAAUAUUAUAGCACUUCACCGUUAUCAUGACGAUAACUAGAGAAAAGGAAAGAAAAUCCAAAGAAGUGGAAUCGAAUUGGUACUUUUUAUUGGUUUCAAGAGGAGAGUUUUGCUUCUGAAAUGGAUCUUGAUGAUCUUCUAUCUGAACCGGUUGUUGUGAAUUCUCGGGCUAGGGUCAAGUUUCAACCUAAGGCUAGACCUAAAAGUAAUGUGAAAGUGGCUACCGUGUCAGCGGCUGGUCAAUGUGAUUCCUCAAAGGACAAGCCAGAUGCACUCAGUGGAACGCCACUACUAGGACACGCUUUAAGCAGUACAGAAGCUUUGCAACAAGAGUGUUCGGUGUCUGCUGAUGGCAAAAUCUCUGGACUAGUUGAUGUCUCUACACAGCUUGCCACCAGAAAGGAUGAAAUUGCAAUAGACCCUAUGUUUCCAGGGAAUACAAAUACCAUGGACAGUUGUGGUGAUAAGCAGGCUGGUUUUGAAAGAUCAAGAGGAGAGACUGCAGAUAUUUUCUCUGAGUUGGAGUCACUUGAUACUCUUUCUCAGUCUGCCAUUUCAAAUGUGAGUACAAUGAGAAAAUUCCAGCCUAAGGUGAUAAUCGAUGCUAAACCUAGAAAUAAACAUCCUGUAUCACGGCCCAUUAUUAGUGAAGCGGCUUGUUCCAUUUCGUGUCGGGAUACUCCAAGUCAUCAAGGCUAUACAAUCUCGGAAGAAGGACUUGCAUCUAUAGCCUCAGCUCCCACUGCUUCUGUCUCUCCAUCUGUGAACAAUAACCCAGAGUUUCUUGUAGUACCCCAAGACGUCUUUAAGAGUAGAGAGGCUGCCUCUCCAGAUAACCAUGGAGAUAGAGUUUCAUGGAUGGAUGACAGGAGGCUGGAGAAAGAGGUGGAGGCUUUUGAUAAUCUUACUUCUGAGACUACCCCUAAUAUGGGGAAUGUUCACUUGGUUCGUCCGGUAAACCAAUAUUUGGAAGAGGAUUUGACUCCUGCAACAAAAGACUUGGAAAAUUAUGCUGAAAUAUCUUUUCCGAAUGUUGUCAGUCAUGAAGAUUUUGGGGUUUCACAGGCUGGGCACAUGAUCUCUAGAAAAGAGGACUAUCAACCUAUUUUAGCCGCUAGCAAGGAAAUUGAAAUUGGUAGAUCCUCAAGGCAGCUUAGAAAUAAGGUGGUUCCUCUUGUUGCUACUGAUGAGAUAGCAGAGGAUUUCACGGUGAAUGAAAAUGAUGAUAACGACGAAUCAUUCAAUGGCAAUGAUAACCCCAACUUGAAAAACACAUGUCAAACUUCAAAGAAGCUGGCUCCUGGACUUGAAAAAACAGGUAGUGGACGUAGGAAAGCAGCCGAAGGAUCAGAGACCUUAAACAAGGAACCACCCAAGAAAAAGUUCUCUCAUUCUACCCGAAGAAAUAAGAGAAGAGUGGACAAGGUUUUGCUUGAAACCCCGGAGGAUGAAAUUAAUCCCCGGAAGUUGAUGCUGAAGGACCUAAUCCUGCUUGCUGAAGCCAAGGAACGAUUACUGGUUGCGGAUCCAAAUGCAGCAAAUAAUUCCUCCCCAUGUCAAAGUACUACUUUUACUCAAGAUACUCAUUUUGAGGAAGAAGUCCCCUUUGCUUACGAAGAAGAUCAAGCAGAACGUUUUGUUCAACCUAAACUCAACUACCAUACAUUCAUGAAUAAGACAUCGACUGAACGUUGGUCGAAACAGGAUACGGAUUUGUUUUAUGAGGGCAUUCAACAGUUUGGGACAGAUUUUACAUUGAUCCAACAACUAUUCCCUGGACGAGCACGAGCUCAGGUGAAGUCUAAAUAUAAAAAGGAAGAACAGCAACAUCCUAAGAGGCUUUUUGAUGCUUUGACAAAUCGUUCCAAAAAUCAUUCUCAUUUUGAGCUGGUUAUUGAGAGGCUACAAAAAGCUGCAGCUGAUGCAGAGGCAGAGCAUGGUUCUGACAGAGAUGAUGAGUCAGUUGGCAUCACAGGCGAGGAAGUGGAGAUCACUCCUAACACAAAUGAAGAAGUAUCGAAGAAGCCUGAUGAGAACAAAAAAAACUUUGAGGAGGAAGAAGUGGGCGAAGGUAUGAUGGAAGCAGAGCAGGUGGCUAUUAUGAAUCAUCAAGGUCACAGCCCUGCUAAAUCUCAUCAAGAAAGUGAAGAAGGAGAUGUCUACGAUAUUUGGAGUGAGUACAAAAGUGAUAUCUAAUACAUGAUUUACUGAAGCAUUCUGCAUAUGAUUACAGUAACAUGCACAAAAAAAUGGUUAAUUUGUUGUCGCUGCUGUGAUUUGAGUCCUGGUGUCCAGGGUCCUAGUAUGGAGCUGUUACCAUCAAGCUAUAACUGGUAGUUCUUAGCUUGAUAUUGUAUGUAUAUAUCCUGACAUAGUUCUGUUAUUCUUCGGAAUAUUUGCUGUUUCUCACUGUUUUUCCUGCAACGCCCUUUUCUCCACUCCCACUUGUAAACAAGUAAUGCUGUUAUCUACAGUUAUUACCUAUUCAAUGAAUCUUAAGCAUUUUCUUUUCCCUUCA